AAAUAUUGGCUAAAAUAAGAGACUUGGGAAGAAACAGGAAUAAAACUUUAUACCAAAAAAAAAAAAAAAAAACGAAACGGAAAUUAAAUAACACAGGGACGGCGGAGCGAAAUUACAGACGAACAUCACCGUCCCGUCGGCAAUAAUGGAGGCUCGUCAUGCAUCUCUAGGUCGACGAACGCUGGAGGAAAUUCGUCAAAAGAGGGCCGCGGAAAGAUUGGUUAAAGCCUCUUCCGGACCAGAUCUAAGCCUGGUUCCGACCAUCUCCGAGAUGGCUGCAAUGAACAAGUCGGAGAGCGGAAAUAGACUCUCUGAGUCAGACGUUAGUUCCCUAUUAUCUCAAAUAAAAGAUCUGCAAAAGAAGAACACCAACUUGGAGGAAGAAAACAGGAAAAUAACUUUAAAGCUUCAAACGGUGGAAAUUGAUAACGGUGCAAUGCACAAGAAGUUGAAUGAACUGGAGCAAAGUACGGUGCCAUCUCUAAGGAAAGCUCUCAAGGAUGUUGCAAUGGAAAAAGAUGCUGCUGUUGUCGCACGCGAGGACCUUUUAGCACAGCUUCGUACCCUGAAGAAACGUCUUAAGGAAUCAGAAGAUGAACAAUAUCGUGCUGAGGAAGAUGCAGCAGCAUUGAGAGCAGAAUUGAACUCAAUUCAGCAACAAUCAAUGACUAACACAGUUAGUACAAUUUCAUCUCUUGGGCCACCAGACCAUCUCCAAAUAUUAGAAAAGGAGUUAGCUGGUUUAAAAUUGGAACUACAGCGAGAGUCUCUGUUGAGGCACCAGGGGCAAGAACAAUUAGCUAAAGAGCAAAGCCGCAUUGCAUCACUGAUGUCUGAAAAGCAGGAGUUGGAAGAAAAACUAAACUCCGUGUCAAGAGAGGCUGCAGAAGUCUCAGACAAAGCAACUCACAAGGCAUUUUCUCUGGAAGACAAGCAGAAACUUGAUAAGCAGUUACAUGAUAUGGCGUUAGUUGUAGAGAGGCUGGAAAGCAGUAGGCAGAAACUUCUAAUGGAGGUGAACUCUUCCUUUCUAUAUUUUACUUUGUACUUUGCUGUGUAUAUUCCAUCUGAUAGAGUGGUUAGUUUGUCAUCCUGUUGGCAGAUUGAUUCGCAAUCUACAGAAAUAGAGAGGCUUUUUGAGGAAAAUUCUAAUCUCUCAAAUUCAUAUCAAGAGGCAAUUGGUGCAGCAGCAAGAUGGGAAAACCAGGUGAUGGAUUGUCUUAAGCAAAAUGAAGAGCUGCGUGGGAUUCUAGAAAAUUUGCGAAUGGAACAGGCCAAGGGCUUACCAGACUCCUUUAAGAAUGGGGUGCAUGAAAUUGGUUCCUCAAUAUCAACAGGAGAGGUGGCAUCUCUGAAGGGCCAACUUGUGAAGGAACUGAGCAAAGCGGAGGCACUAUCAGCAGAAGUCAUGCAGCUCUCUGCACAACUUGAACAAGUCAAACAAGCAUAUGAUGGUCUAGCACGCUUUUAUAGGCCAGUGCUGCGCAACAUUGAAAGCGGCCUCAUAAAAAUGAAGCAAGACAACUCAGUGUCUGUAAGAUAAUGGCAAUGAGCAGGUUCAUGAUGACACUCUGGUUGUGAUUGUGAAGCUCUAACUUAAUGACAUGAAUUUCCAAGGUAAACAGAAUUUUUUGUACCAACGUUCAUAUCAGUUUCAUAAAAAUGAAGCAGAAUGGUUCAGUUACUGGUGGUGAUGGAAAUGACAGCUCUCUGGCAAUACCCAGCAUGAGAAACCCUAUAUUAUACUGAGACAUGAAUUUGUAAGAUGUAUCAUUCUUUAUACCAUACUUAAUAUGUAUAGAACAAACACUAUCAAUUUGGGGAGUAUAUUUUGAUGAUAGUUUUGUAUAAACCAAACUUAGAUCGAAAGUGUUGUGACAAAAGAAUUUUUUCUGGUUGAUGUGUC